AUGGCUACAAUCCGUAACGUUAAACAACCGCACGUCGUCCAGGUCAAGGAGAAUCCGCAGGAUCUCUUCUUCCUGAAUGUGACACUCGACAUCUUCUACCGCCUGGCUCGUCUCGAUGUCGUGAACCACCGCGGUAGCUAUCCCCAACUCCAUCUCGCUGCCUUCUACGGAUGGGUCGAUAUCAUUGUCAAACUGCUCAGCUUGGGCAGCAACCCUGAUGUCCAAGACUGGAAGGGGACAACCGCAUUGCAUGUUGCCUGCGCGUCUGUGGAGGUAGCCUCGACGGAAAUUGUUCAGGUUCUGAUGAAUAAGGGUGCUGAUCCGAACCUCAAGGUCGAAGCUACAGGCUUUGCUCCUAUCCAUCAGCUCAUCGCGGCAUGUUGCAAUGAGGCUGAGCCUUGGGACUCUAAUGGAAAGAUUGAGAUACUUGUGGAUGCUGGAGCCGACAUCAAUAUACGGGAUAAACAUGACCGGACCCCUAUCCAUAUCGCGUCUUGUAUCCCCUGGGACAAUAGCGUCUUUGAUCUUCUUUACCAAAGAGGUGCAAGACUUGACCUUCUCGACGAUAUGGAGAGAUCCAUCUUGCAUUACGCGGGGCUAUACGGAGACCUGGAUCACAUUGAAUACCUACGCGAGCAUCGCCUUACAGGACUGGACCCAGAGGGCAAAGACAUCAACAACCAAACGCCAAUGGAUUUGAUGGUAUGGAGGGCAAACACUGAACAAGAAAAGCUAUGGGAAAAUAUGAAAAAGCCAGCUGCAGAAGAAGUCAAAGCCUUUCGUUCUUUGAUCGAAGAGUUUAGGAUACAUCACUUUCAGGACGGGCAUGGCACAAGCUAUCAGGACCAUCGAGGUUGCUGGCACCAAGUAAAUCAUCCGAAGAAUGCAAACCAGUUGAACCAGGGAAAACGUCUCGGUCAUCGCCUUAUCAGGCCGAAGGCCACCCUUCUCCCGCCGCCUUCUAUUGAACACGAAAGGGCUGUUGGAGAGUGGUGUGCAUAUUAUGCUUGA